GAAAAGAGGCACACUUGGUUAACGCAGCGUGAAGUAUGAAUGUGCAAAACCGAAGCAUAUUUCACCAGCACCUCCUAGGGGCCACGUGAGGAUAUGAGCCGAGGAGGUGGGUACCCGCGCAGAGCCCUUCUUGGAAUUGUCCGUUUCACAUCUCUUACACUCAAAAAUCCACCCGAGCUGGACGGUCCAGAAUAAGAGCCAGUUUGGCGAAGUAACUGGUGACUCCAGGAGCCCCUUAAAAGGUUUACAUACACCGCCUGAAAGCCGCAUUUGAUCGCUUUAGGAAAUAAACAAGAAAAACAAUAUAUACAAGGAUUGCAAACACGGUGGAAGGAAAGGACUCCUAAACAUAUCGUGUCCUUUUAAGAUCAAAGCUUCGUUUGAUACCAAAGAACUCAGAGAUCAUAUGCGCUCACUUUACACACACACACACACACACACACACACACACGCACGCACACGGAUUAAUUUGCAAAGUUCCAGACUCUAGACCCGGUUAACAUUGAGCUGGUUUUGAAGGGUCUACACGCUCUUGCCUGGUUGCUGGGAACGAGGGUUGGGAGGCGCUGGUGCGAGGGCAGAGCUGAGUGUCUGUAGGAGUUGCUGUUCCAGAGAAUUCAUUACUCUCUAAUUGUUCUGAUUUUAGAUCAGCAGAGCGUGCCGGGCGGUGGUGGAGGAAGAGAUUGAGGGCGGACAAGGCGAGAGAGAACGAGCAGUUCACCCUCCAGAGAAGUCUGGGCGCUUUUGACAUGUCCUCUGGAUGUUCGCUGAGUGACUAAGGUACCUCUGCAUGUCAGUAGACAGACCUUGGUAGAACCCCAAGGCUCCCGGAGACACCCAUCUCACCUCAUUUUUUGUGUGCGUGUCCUCACUGAACAUUCAAAACUGUUUCUCCAAAGGGUUUUGCAAAAACUCAGACUGUUUUCCAAAGCAGAAGCACUGGAGUCCACGGCAGAAGCGAUGGGCAGUGUGCGAACCAACCGCUACAGCAUUGUCUCUUCGGAAGAGGACGGCAUGAAGCUGGCCACCAUGGCGGUUGCCAAUGGCUUUGGGAACGGGAAGAGCAAAGUCCACACCCGACAACAGUGCAGGAGCCGCUUUGUGAAGAAGGAUGGCCACUGCAACGUCCAGUUCAUCAACGUGGGUGAGAAGGGACAGAGGUACCUCGCAGACAUCUUCACCACGUGUGUGGACAUUCGCUGGCGGUGGAUGCUGGUUAUCUUCUGCCUGGCUUUUGUUCUCUCGUGGCUGUUUUUCGGCUGUGUGUUUUGGUUGAUCGCUCUGCUCCAUGGGGAUCUGGAUGCAUCCAAGGAGAGCAAAGCUUGUGUGUCCGAGGUCAACAGCUUCACCGCCGCCUUCCUUUUCUCCAUUGAGACCCAGACGACCAUCGGCUAUGGUUUCAGGUGUGUCACGGACGAAUGCCCCAUUGCCGUCUUCAUGGUGGUCUUCCAGUCCAUCGUGGGCUGCAUCAUUGACGCCUUCAUCAUCGGCGCCGUCAUGGCGAAGAUGGCGAAGCCAAAGAAGAGAAACGAGACCCUGGUCUUCAGUCACAAUGCCGUGAUCGCCAUGAGAGACGGCAAGCUGUGCUUGAUGUGGCGAGUGGGCAAUCUCCGGAAAAGCCACUUGGUGGAAGCACACGUGCGAGCCCAGCUGCUCAAAUCCAGAAUUACUUCCGAAGGGGAGUACAUCCCCCUGGAUCAAAUAGACAUCAAUGUGGGGUUCGACAGUGGAAUCGACCGUAUAUUUCUAGUGUCCCCAAUCACCAUCGUCCAUGAGAUAGAUGAAGACAGUCCUUUGUACGAUCUGAGUAAGCAGGACAUUGACAACGCAGACUUCGAGAUUGUCGUCAUACUGGAAGGCAUGGUGGAGGCCACUGCCAUGACCACACAGUGCCGGAGCUCCUACCUGGCCAAUGAGAUCCUCUGGGGCCACCGCUACGAGCCGGUCCUCUUUGAGGAGAAGCACUACUACAAAGUAGACUAUUCCAGGUUCCACAAGACUUAUGAAGUACCCAACACUCCCCUUUGUAGUGCCAGAGACUUAGCAGAAAAGAAAUAUAUCCUCUCCAAUGCUAAUUCAUUUUGCUAUGAAAAUGAAGUCGCCCUCACUAGCAAAGAGGAAGAGGACAGUGAAAACGGAGUUCCUGAAAGCACGAGUACGGAUACACCCCCUGACAUAGACCUCCACAACCAGGCCAGCGUACCUCUAGAGCCCAGGCCCUUACGGCGGGAAUCCGAGAUAUGACUGACUGAUUCCUGCUCUGGAAUAUUCACUUUCCUACACAGUCUGUUGGUCAGAGGCCCGAAACAGUUAACAGACGACGGUACUGGUCAAGCGGUGGGUCAAGGCAAGUGGCCACAAGGGACUGAGGCUAGCACAACGGUUUCAAAGAAAGACUGUAAGCUCCAUGAUUGACGUAAAGCACUAACCAGGCCUUUGUAUGACCCGAUGGCACAUAUGUGUUGUAGAAUAAGUUAUGGGCUUUUAUGUGUUGUUUUGUGUUUUUACAAAACUUGAAUUUGCAGGCAAGCCUUGGUGGGGUAUCUGACUUAUCCAGAAUGCUUCUUUUAGGGAACAAGAGUGUUUUUAAUGGCAUAACAAAGGCAAGACUCUGCCUUAACUUUUGAAAAGCUGCUAACUACAUGAACACAAAUCGUAUUUUUGUUGCAGUGUAGAUUUUCUUUUAUGUAAUUUAAAAGUCAGUGUUGAACUUUGUUGAAAGCUCAUGAUGUGCUUCAAAAUGGCAAGUAUUUGGCUAUUAACUGCCAAAACUGAGAGCCUGAUUUUUGGAGGCCAGUAAUCUCUUUGCUAGAAUUGAUCUGUCAAUCUGUUUGCUAGAAUUGAUCUCUCUCUCUCUCUUUCUCUCUCUCUCUCUCUCUCUCUCUCUCUCUCUCUGUCUCUCUCUCUCUGGUUACAUAAGGGCAUUAUGUAACACUAGCCAAAUGGUAGCCUCUGGGUUUUUUUUUUUUCCUUUCUCCUGAUGUCAAUGGGUUAUCUUAAAUUUUAAGUUAGACUACCUAAAAUAAAUACCAAAGAUAAUGCACAUUUUUGCACAGUGGAGCUUAUACUAAAAAGGAAAUAAAGCCCCAUGGGUUGCCUUGAAAUCAAGAGACAAUAACUUUGAACCUCAGCAAGACCUCAAAACCACCUGCUCAUUUUGCACCUUAUUCAGAAAACAGCAUCAAACACAAGUCUAGUAAGUGUAGUGCUUUUUAAAUUUUGUCCUGUCAUGCACCCUUCCUAUUGGAAGUGGAAGAGGAAGAUGAAAAAGGACGUGCAAGGCACACACGCAUGCACACAGUAUCCACAUCUUUUCUAUCCUGCUGGGUCAUGCUGGCCAGACUAAUGCAUCAAGUGAGAGAUGGUGACUUGCUCUUAGAUUUUUCUGGACUCUCCCCUUCUUGCACAUUCCAAAACUUAUUCCAUAAGAUGAGAUCUUGAUGGAACUUGGCAUGUAUCCUAGCACCCUCAAUGGAGCCCUUGGUGUGAAAGAUAAAUUGAUUUAAACUUUUCAGUCGAGUUCAUUUCCUCGACUGUCUAGACAUUUCCAGCUUAACAUCACCUUAGAAAAAAUGCCGUGCCUGUCCUUCGGGCCUGAUCUUUCCAUCAGACUGCUGGGAGUACAUCCUGCACUAUUAGACAGGGCUGCACAUGCCCAAGUCGGGGUGCAGGAAGAAUCGGAUAGACCCACUUGGAUGCAGCAUUUUGGCUCCAGUAUUGAGGAGGGAGAGGAAAUGUGCCCAUUUUAUGACAGAGAGUAGAGGAAUGAGAAUAUCCCAGUAUUUUAGGGUCAAAAAGAGCCAUAAAAAUCGACACAAUCACAAGGAAAGGAGAUACUAGUCUAAAAGGGGUCGAGUCCUUCUUUGUGUGCAUUCUUGUGAUUAAUGUGAGUCCAUCAUUAUCUCUUGUGGAACCCAGAGCAGUUUACUAGGGACACGUUGUUUUCCAGAAGUUUCUCCUCCCUGGCUGCCUGCCUUGCUAGAAACAUUUCCCCCCCUGAUCUAGCCCAAUAGUGGAACUCUUUUAUGGUUUAAAGUUCCCUAUUUGUGAAUUCUGGGAUUGCUGACUUUUCUUUUUAAUUGGAGUCUCGAAAUCAACUCUCUUAUGGUAUUAUAUCCUGGUAUGCCAUUAAAAUACAGCUUGUUCUAAAAUCAUGUGUUUUGUAAAUGGACAUUCGUGGUGGUCUCUGGUUCUUGAACAGCCAUAUCUGAACGCAGUGCCUGCAACACGAUGACGGUUUCUGCUGUUUUCAGCCUUCCAAGUUGGUGGGUUUGAAAACGGUGGUGAUGUUUUCAUUGAAACCAAGAAAGAGAUGCUUAGCACGUGGAUGUUAUUUUCAAUCCAGAUUUAAAGGCAGGUUGGGGAAGUUGUUUUAAGAGUUGGAGGAAUUGGGAACGAGAGAAUGAAUAGAACAAUUUGACUUGUGACAGUGAGAGACUCUCGAGGGCUUCAGCUGCUGCUAUCAUGACGUUUUGCAAAGGAAAACAAUCAAACCAAAGAGUAUUCAGUGAUAUGUAAAUUAAAUGAAGAUGCAGUGGAGGAUGGGGUGACCACAAAGGACCCCCAAACACACAGUGCUACCACUUAAAAAAGACUUGAGAUAUUUGAAGGGGGUGGGUACGGGGACAAGGAAGAGGGAGG